CAACUUACUAGUUAGUACAUGGUACAGACUACAGACUACAGAAGUUAUAAACGAUAACACAAAUAAUCAAAAAUUAAAGCCCAAGUAAAAACGUAAAAAAUGGCUCAAGAGCAACCCAAACGUAGUGGCACAGAGCAAGAUCAGCAGCAACCCAUCAAAUAUGGGGACGUUUUUUUGGUGUCUGAAAAGAUUGCUGAUAAACCAAUUGCCCCACUUGAUGCUGCUGCCAUGCAAUCCGCUGAGAACCAAGUGUUGGGACAUACCCAAAAAGGUGGUCCGGCCGCUGUCAUGCAGUCGGCCGCCACUAAGAACGUCCAAGCCGGCGCGUUACCUCGUGGUUCCGCCACUGAUGUAGGGAGAAACCAAGGCAUGACUGUUACUGAGAGCAUUGUUGAUGGUCAGCGAGUUAUCACUGAGUCUGUUGGUGACCAGGUUGUAGCUAGAUACGCCAACCCGGAUCCAAAUCCAAUCCCGGAGAAGAUGGUGGCUCCACCAUCAGCACUGGACCGCGACGCGGUGACCAUAGGAGAAGCUCUAGAGGCAACUGUAAUAUCUGCCGGGGACAAGCCCAUAACCCAAACUGAUGCUGCUGCCAUUCAAGCCGCAGAGAUGCGGGCCACAGGCCGCACCGACACUCCGCCUGGUGGGCUUGGAGCGGAGGCGCAGUCCGCUGCCACCAGGAAUGAACGAAUCAUGCGUGAUGAAAAUAAAACCACCCUUGGAGAAAUUCUUGCGGAUGCAACAACAAAACUUGGAGAUGAUAAACCUGCAACCAUACAAGACGCAGAGAAGGUGAUUGCGGCAGAGAUGAGAAAUGACCCCAAAAUGGCUACCAACCUUGGCGGAGUUGGCGAAUCAGUGGCGGCGGCAGCGAGGUUGAACCAACAGAAGUUGAAGGAAUGAAUGGCGUUGCUAACAAGCAUUGUCUAGGUAGAAACUAGUAUCACUCCCAUAAUGCAGCGUCCGUGGUACAACAAUAAUGGUGUAAAAUAUCAUCAACUGUGUAGAAACUAUGCAAGUUUUUGGAGUUGUGCAAAUUAGCCUCGGAUCAGCUAAUUGUCUUGUUUUAGGCAGUGGUAAUAAUCAUGUAUGUACGCUAAGUAUGUAGUUCCUUCGUAUAAAGUGUACGAGCUUUCACUUUAUUGUGUAUAUAUAGCAAUACUUUUGGUGUUGACAGUUA